AUGGAUAAUGAGAAGGCCAUUGAAUAUCUGAAUGGCCUGCUGGGUCGCACCUUGCGCAUACACGCCACUGAUGGCCGCAUGUUUGUCGGCCUCUUCAAGUGCACCGAUGCGGAGCGAAACAUCAUUCUUGCCAACUCCUUCGAGUACCGGCUCCCCACUACCUCCGCCAUCCAAGAAGCUGCGGCAAAGGAGACCGAGUCAUGGGACAAGACAUCUGAGACCAAAUCCGCCACCGUCAAAGUCAACAUGACCAGUCGGCUCAUUGGUCUCAUUGUGAUCCCAGGCCACCAUAUUACGAAGAUCGAGCUGGAGUAG